GAAAUGUGAGUUAUGAAAACUGGGCGCAGUCCAAAGUUUUACCUCCAACAGUUCUGUGCACUUCUGCAUAACAUCUGAUAACAACCUACUUCUUAUGUUACUCAAAUAAUUUUGUGUGAAGUUCAAAGUUCCUAUUUGGGUCCUAUUUGAACUCUUCCUGUACUUUUCCUCAGUUGCAAGAACAGCCUGCAUAGGGAGAAGGUAUCCCUCGAGGACUAGACCUCAAAUCAUUGUGUUGCAAAUCUAUUUACUUAAGCAUAGUACUCUAUGGAAUCGACAUGGCAGAAAGUGGAGUCCAUGCAUCGCUGGAUUCUGGAGAACGGAGAUAGCCGCACGGAUCCAUGGCUUCUAGUCUACUCUCCUGUACCGAUCAUCUCUAUAUUUCUGUGCUAUCUUGGUAUUAUUUGGAUUGGACCCAAGCUUAUGAAACGCAAGGAACCAGUGGACCUAAAAGCAGUUCUUAUCGUGUAUAACUUUGCCAUGGUCGGUUUGUCGAUUUACAUGUUCCACGAGUUUUUGGUCACUUCUUGGCUUGCAAACUACAGUUACCUGUGUCAACCAGUAGACUACAGCUCCAGCCCUCUAGGAAUGAGGAUGGCCAGUGUAUGCUGGUGGUUCUUCUUCUCUAAAGUCAUUGAGCUCAGUGAUACAGUCUUUUUUAUCUUAAGAAAAAAGAACGGUCAGCUCACUUUUCUACAUGUGUAUCAUCAUGGAACCAUGAUCUUCAACUGGUGGGCAGGAGUUAAAUUUGUGGCGGGAGGUCAAUCGUUUUUUAUCGGGCUGUUGAACACCUUCGUUCAUAUAGUGAUGUACUCUUACUAUGGCCUGGCGGCUCUGGGACCUCACAUGCAAAAAUAUCUGUGGUGGAAGCGCUACCUCACCUCAUUACAGCUAGUCCAGUUUGUCUUGCUGACUAUUCACACUGGAUACAACCUCUUCACCGAAUGUGAUUUUCCUGAUUCCAUGAAUGCAGUUGUGUUUGCGUACUGCGUCAGCCUCAUCAUACUCUUCAGCAACUUUUACUACCAGAGCUACAUAACUAGGAAGAGCAAGAAGUCUUAACACAAUUGAUCCAUGUGAUAAGCAGAGGACUCACCCGUCCUUUUCUUUUCUCACUGCAGUCAUUCCACAGCUAAAUUAAGUCUUCAGGACAGAAAUUGUGAAACCACUGACCUCCUAUUUUGGGUUGUAAAUGACUUAUCCAAUAAAGAUGUGACAUGUCUUAUUGCAUUUUGGAACAUCAACCAAACUAACUUGAACUGUAAAUAAAGUGCAAUUUCAUUUUAAAUAAUUCUGAGGUGGAGCUUUAUCGGUUCGCAGGGUAAAAGAACAGUUUUGUACUGUAUGAUUCAGUAUAUUUAUUAACAAAAGUGAAGUGCACUAGAUGGCACUGUUUACGUAUCUUGGCCGCAGCUACGAGAUGUUCUGUAAUGUUCUCGCGAUAUUUAGCGGCACUCGGGAAUGGAUGAUCCUUCUCGUUGCUUUUGAAUGAAAAUUUGGGCAAUUUUUUUGCAUAUAAAUUCUCACUGUAAACAUGAAAGUGGCGCAUGUGUUUUUUCGUGGGUAUCAGUUAAUUUCUUGAUUUGACCGCUUCUGCAUGUAUAUUUUAAUAAUGUAUGGUAAUUCUCUUUCAAUGUACUGUAUUUGCCCCGAUUUCAUCCAUGGGAAAUUUAUUAAUCAUUAUAUAUUAUU